AUGCCUCCCAGAGUUAGAGGAAGGGGAAAAGGUCCCAUGCGAGGGGGACCAUCUACUGCAGGACUAUCGCACAGACGCACUCCGUCUGCGUCUCUAUCUAGUUCUGACUCACACAAUCUGUGGGGUCAUUCCUUCGAGCCGGCAAGACAUUCUGUCUCGCUAAGCUCUUCACCUUCCUUUCACCCAUCUUUCAGGCCACUUAUCACAGAUGAGCCCCAACACUUGCACCUCUCUCAGCAAUCUCAUCAUUCUCACGAGUCUCACCAAUCACACCACUCAUUGCAUUCCCAUUCGUUUCACCACUCUGAUUCCCUCUACUCCUCGGGGCAGUUUAACCCGAACGAUUAUGUUAACGAUUUUCUUGGUUUCAACCCUUUGGGCCCUGAGGACCAUUUUCCUCAGGAGAUGGAAAUGGACGAUGAUCCAGAUCCAGAGAUGCAGACCGGAACGCCGGGCCACCCAAUAAGCAUAUCAAGUGGAUCAUCAUUUCAGGGAUCACCUUACCAUGGGCCCGACUCGUUUCAAGAGAAAAUGGCCACAUAUGAUUGGUUCUUUACCCCAUCAUACCAUAGCUCUCCAGCCCAACCACCUUUGGUUGAACCCCAACUCCAAGCUAUCUCUCCACCACCACUUCCUGUUGAAGAGCCACCGCAGCCACCUCCCGAACCUUCAAGGCAAAGGAGGAACGCACGUAUAUCCGUGCGGGGAGGACCUCGUUUCAAUUCUCCCCAGGGUUCAAGUUCUUAUCCCCCUAUUACGGAGGACCCCCAGAUGGGUGGGCCCUCGAACGCGGCACCGGAGAUUGAUCCUCCGCCAGUUUCAUUUGCACCACCUCAGCCGCCUAUGGGUUUUGAUAACCCUAUCCCGACCUACCCAGGUUUUUCUGGGUAUAAUCUUUUUGAAAACACGUCGGGAUAUCCAUCGGAUUAUGGAACUCAAGACCCGUACCUUACAGCUGCGCAAUACCAUCACCUUUACCCUUCUUCUUACCCUCUGACUCAUCCAACUGGAUACCCGGUACAGGGUUAUCAGUACCCACCGUACCAGCAACCUCCUCCAUAG